AAACAAAGUAAUAUGGCCGAUUUAGAUUAGUAGUGCUCUUCGCGUUUCGGUGAAAAACAGCUCUAAAAGCUAUUUAUUAACAAUAAUGUCGAUACUAAUUCGGUGAGAAUAACUCUAUAUUGAAAAAUACGCGUGUGAUUAUGUACCAAUCGUGUUCACUUUCCGCGAAAAAAAUUGAAGAUUUCUACAAUGGUGCAACCAGCACGCAGGCUAACAUUGCGAAUAAUGGCUUACAGGGACUGCCGACAUCAGGAGUCACGAUGCGGGAGAAGAAAAGCGGCGCUCUCUCUCGCAUGCAGAAAUUCAAGAAAAGGUUGUCGCACUCCUUUGGACGAUUAUCGGUAUCGAAAGAGGAGGCGGAAGAACAUAAUCACCACGGCAAGCUACCUUAUAAUGGCUACAGCGAAGAGUUCCUAGAUCGAUUAGAACCUAAUGGAAAUAUACCUGCCGGGAAAGUUAGAUACGGAGAAUUUUCGACUUUCAGUCAAAAGGAAGAAAUGGGGUCUAUGCGGAGCGCACAAUCAGCUGAAUGGAACAGCGUCGCCGGACACGACAGAGUCACCAGGCAAUUGUCGGUGUCGAGCGACAGCAAAUUGCUGGACGACGACAUCAGAGAGGAGACGAAGGUGAUAUUGAGGCCGAGGAAACCGCCGAGGCCCAAAUCGGAGGUGUUGCUCAACCAAGGCGCCGAUCACAGGCGAACGAAGAGGUACUCCGCGUUCGGGGGCGAUUCUCCGUUCGGUAAAUCGGAAGCUUACAUUAAGUUAGAACAAUUAGGUGAAGGUUCAUAUGCAACCGUGUACAAAGGAUUUAGCAAUUUACAAAACCAAGUCGUGGCGUUGAAGGAAAUAAUUCUUCAAGAGGAAGAAGGUGCUCCGUUCACCGCCAUCCGCGAAGCUUCCCUACUCAAAGAACUGAAACACGCGAAUAUCGUCACUUUACAUGACAUCGUACAUACCAGGCAGACGCUCACCUUCGUAUUCGAAUACGUGCACACGGACCUAUCGCAAUACCUGGAACGCAAUCCGGGCGGCCUCGACACGCGCAACGUCCAACUGUUCCUGUUCCAAUUGCUGCGCGGCCUGUCCUACUGCCACAAGCGGCGCGUCCUGCACCGCGACGUCAAGCCGCAGAAUCUGCUGAUCAGCGAAAUCGGCGAAUUGAAAUUGGCCGAUUUCGGUUUGGCGCGCGCCAAAUCGGUGCCGAGCCACACCUAUUCGCACGAAGUGGUGACCCUUUGGUACCGACCUCCCGACGUUCUGCUCGGCAGCACCGAUUACUCGACGUCGUUGGACAUGUGGGGCGUCGGUUGUAUACUCGUCGAAAUGAUCACCGGCACGGCGCUCUUUCCCGGCGUUCGGGACACCUACGAUCAACUAGAUAAAAUUUUUAGGGUUUUGGGUACACCGACGGAAGAAGACUGGCCCGGCGUUAGUCAAUUGCCGGGAUACUAUAAGAUACAGAAGAUCACGCAGAACAAGCCGUUGCGCGGUUUGGGUUUCUACUCGUCGGCGAUACUGAGAACAGUCCACGCCGAAUCGAUGGUCACCGGAUUGUUGCAGUUGAAUCCCCAGAAGCGCCUCGACGCCGACGAAGCGAUGAACCAUCCGUUUUUCGACGCGCUACCGAAGAAGCUGCACGAGUUGCCCGAUGACUGUUCGAUAUUCACGGUGGAAGGUGUUCACCUGUAUCCGGAGAGGUAUUCGUCGGUUAAAUGAGGCCGGUCUUGACUAAACCUUCGAAGGAAAUGUCGUCUGUAAAGCGGUGAAGGAGACGAGCGAAUAAAUGAAACGAUAUCAUCGUUUUGCACUGGCUAUAGCAAUGUAUUUUUUUAACUGUCUACGUAAGUUUAGUAAUUUUUUAGGUUUAACUUCGAUAACGACCGAGCAUUUUAAUUGAUUUAUGUGGUUUUUUUUUGUGAUUUUUAAGACUGUAUUGUAUUAGUUUUUUUGUAACGAGAACGGUUAGUGCGAAGAUAGGGGAGGAUUCAACGAAUAAUUGCGAUUUAUCCAGCCGUUCUCCGAAGAUCUUCGCGCGACUGAGAAUGUGUCAGAAUCGAAUGAAACCGGAAUCCUUUUUUUUUUCUCUCUCAGCGUUAUCGUACACUGUAAAAAAUUGGCGUGUGUGUGUGUGUAUAGCGAAAAUACGAUUCUCCUUACUUCAAUUUCGAGUAGUUUGCGAUUUAAAAAAAAUAGUAAAUUCAACGGGUUCUCUUUUUUUUUAGAAAGUUUCGUAUCGUGGAAAAACGCAUUAUAUUUUUAAUUUAAAAAGUAUCAAUUAUCCGCGUAAUAAUUCAAUUAAUCACAAUCAGGAAUUACUCAAUAUAAAGACAGGGUGUUUGUAACUUGUAACGGAAGUUUAAUUGUGUAUAAAUAAGAUAAACAAAAUAAAAUAGGAUUAUGAAUCUUGUUGUGAUAUGUAAUGUAAGUGUUGAUUCUGGCAAUUUUUAAAACGUAAGUUUCUCGCCUUUCGGACGAGGCGCAAACUAAAAAAAAAUAUAUUUAAUUUGAACGUUGGUAUAUGUAGUUUCUCGAAACCAGAGAAAUAUACAGUAGUAUCAUGCAACAAGUAAUUACAGUAAUUUAUAUACUAUUAGAUAUUAUUAUUUUGUCGCCGUUUCGAUUGGUAAUCGAACGGUAGUAAAUUUAUCGUCUCUGGAUUUGAGAAUUCGAAAAUGAUCUUUGAUACUUUUAUAAUCGACAAUGAUGAAAAAAAACGCGCAAUGUGAAAAUCGUAUAAUCAUUCCUUCCAUGGUGCUCAAUUACUACAAAUUAGUUCGCCGGAUGAAAUAAUAAAAGCUUCUUUGCGAAAAAUGAAAUUGUUCCCAAGCUGAGAUUGCCGUUGCCUUGCCUGGCGCAUUAACAUUUAAAGUGAUUUUUUAGGCAUAUUAAUUUGGAAAUUUUUUCGAAAUUUAGAGAGCUUUGCUAUUAACAAAUCAUAUUAUUCCGUUUUUGCUAAAGACUGCUAAAAAUAAACGUUCCUUCGGUUUUCUUGCAGUGGUAGAUGUCCCGAUUUUACAGCUCACUCUCAGAUUUAUUCUUGUAAAUAGUGUAUAGAAACGUUUCGUUGUUGAAAAAUUAACAUCCACUUAGUUGGUUUCGGCGUUUCUUUUUUAGGAUUUUUUAGUUGUAAUUCCGUUUUCUUAGAGCGAAAAACGUACUGUUAAUAGCGAAAUUGUAAUUUAUAUAAAACAAAAAUAGGAGAUAAAAGUUUGUUUAGAAAUUCGAAAUCUUACUAUAUUUUAUUCGGUGGGUUGUUUAGGUAAAAAUAUUUAGAUUAAUCGAGUUAUUUACUUACCAAGACGUCUUCACUGCUUCUAGUCUUUUAGACUAGUUAGUUAUUCUUCAUCGAAUGAAGCGUAGUGGAUUUCAAUUACUUUUGUACAUUUUUAUAAAUUUUACUUAUUUAGAUUUGAUGAACAGAUGAGAAAACGUUUUCAAUCUCAUUACUAGCGCAUUGUUAAUUUUAUUGCUCAUCAAAAAGUCAAGCAUUUCAUUGAUUUAUCUCGUCUGUUUCAUUGAUGCGUAGCAUUCGAGGAUUUUUAUGGUAGCCAUAUUGUAAAAAUUGUACCCAUCUAGUUUAUGAUCCAAAAAAAAAAUAUUACAAGUGAUAAAAAUGAGAGAAUUAGAAAAUGAAAGAAACCUGAGAACGACGUAGGAAACUCUCUUAAGUGCCAAAGGGCAAUAGCGUUAAGCGAUUAGCUCUAGUUUGUGAUUGUACAGGGAAACAUCGAUUAAUAAUAAUCGCUGUAAUUUAGGCGUUGGUUGAUGGUUCGUUGUAUAAUUCUUUUUUAAUUUUGUAUAUGAAUAAUUUUUUUAACAAAAGGGUGAUUUACUUAUAUAAUGUGUUCCGUAAUUAAAUCGCCCUGUAUAUAUCGUUGGUUUCGCAAAUGAAUUGUAACGCUUGUUUGAGAUUUUUCAGUGUGUGCGUUUUUUUCGUUUGCGAAACGAACCACCUUUUUCGACAACAGCAAAAGUGAAAUUUAGGCCUAAAAUGAACGGAGCUUUUUCUAUAUGUUGCACGAACGGAGAAGCUUCGAAUGAGUAAUAGUCGAAGCGAUUUUUUUUUCUAAAUUAGUGUUAGAAAAACGCUAAAUUCGGCACUAAGUUUUUGCGGCAAAUGCACCCCUCCAAUUUUCGUCCAUGCACGUCGCUCGAUAAUUACCCGGGCGUUGUGCUAUAUAUUUUACUAAAAAGCGUUUAAACUAUUUUUCACAUCCAAAGCUGUACGUGCACGCUUUAGCGCACAUUUGGGUUCCAUUUUAACAAAAAAAAAAACGGUAAAUCCAUACCUGCCGCUGUCUGGUCGAGAUGUAACAUCGAAACUUUUAUUUUAUUAACUUUGCUAUUCUAAUCUAAAUACCCUGGGUGCUAGAAAGGGAAUAACACCAAUUUAAAUUAAGAAAUAUAAAGGUUUCCUUGUUAUAAUUUUUUGCGACAGACAGGUAAUAUAAUAUGUGUUGUGCAAAAUGGUGUGAAGAGACUCUCUGUCCGAGUCGAAUUGUUAUAUUUUGGUUUGUUGACGAUGUAUUUAUAGAGGUGGUAAAAAUGUUAUGAUAUGAAUCUGCGAAAAUGGUGUACGUAAACAUAAUAAUAUCGUUACACUGUAAAUAGAAAUAGUUGUUUAUAUUAUAAGAAUAUCGAAAAAAAUAUUGAUAAAUGUCUUUGUAUAAAUAAUUAUCGGUUUUGUCUUUUUUUUUCCAGGUUUCCAGGAUAUUUCUUUUCCUUUCUCCUCUCUUCUUCUUCUUCUCCUCCAUACUUUAUACCGUCUUGCCAUAGAAAUCCAGUCGAAGUCCUCCUUGAAUUUCCUAUGAACCUGUGGAAUUUUUGGGAGUUGAUAAAUCUUUUGGGAAUUAUGAACUCCCUUGAAUCCUAUUGGUUCUAAAGAAAGUUAUUGAGGAGUAAUACUUUAUUAAAUACUAUAUUUACAAAAAAUUAUAAUGAUGGUUCCUAUAAAAUUCUGUUAACAUAUGGCUUUUUUUUAAUAAAAAUAAAGAAAAAAAAGAAUACAAUGUAGACAUAUUUGACGUGACUGAAUAUCUGGAUGGACAAUAUUUAUGUUAUGAAUUUAUGCAGGUAUAAAGUACAUGUAGUACCGUGAAAGUUUCACGAGUGUAACUCAUGAAGAGAGUGUAAAACAUAAAUUCAUAACAUACGUAAAUAAUUAUUAUUUCUCGAAUACAUACUAUCACAAUAACACACAUACACAUCUAACUAAUCUCAUAAAAAACCCUGUAUGCAGAAUAACCUCAAUUUUCAAAAUGAACUUAUAUAAAUAAGUAUUUUCAUUGCAUCAGAAUAAAAGCACGCAAAUAAUAAUAAAAUAUGUGAUAAAUUGAAAAAAAAACUAGGCAAUUAGAGAUUUUUUGCAUACUUUGAACCACCUGCAAUUUCACCUUCGACGAUCUAAAGAUGAAACUACAAGAUUUAUCAUGCAGAAUUUGCAACAAAAGAAAAAUAAUGAUAACAAAUAGAAUAUGUAUAACCAAUUUAUCAAUUAUAAUCCAUCUGCAUGACUAUUAAUAUAAAAUAAUAAAACAUACAUGCAUAGACGGAAACGCACACACAUGUUUACAAUAGAAGUUGCUCUACUCAUAUACGACAUGAACGCGAAAAUAAUAUUUUUACCGUUUGGUCCACGUCCAAUAAAUUCUCAUUAUAUUUUUUGUGUAAAACGAGUUUCGAAGUACAAAAAGUCGUAUAAAAAGUUAAAAUUCUGGAAUAGGACAUUUUGCUUCUAAACCUUUUUGUACUAUCCCCCUACUAAGUCGUACUUAUACGUGGCUCAGUUUAGAAAAUCUACGAAAAUACACGAAUCGUUUGAACGAAUUGUUUGGUUUUACAAAGCGAUAAGUAUACAGUCUUUUUGCGAUUCGUCUUACUUUUUAGUUUUUUAUUACUAUUUUAGAAGAAACUUAACAUGUCUAAUUCCGUUUGAUAGAUACUUAUGUAAGCAGCAUGAACAAUAUCAAGUUUCUAAAUGAUUGUAAAUUUCGAUUAGUUAUUGUCACAGUUACGUAGAUUUUCCGUGUGAAAUAUUAAUAAAGUAAUGAUAAAAAAUCUUUUAACCAACUAUUGUAGUUUAUUUUUAAUUAAAUUAAAUUUAAUUAUCUACCAAAUGGAAGUUGCAAGACAUAAUUAUUUACAAAAAUAAAAAACAAAACGUAAAUUUCCACACAAGUGUAAAAUACAAUAACAAUAGUAAAAAUCGUACGCAAUGCGGAAAACUGGUCGUAAAAAGUGAAUGUCGUAAUUUUUUUCAAUCGUGAUGCUUAUACGCCUUUAUUCAAGACUAGAUGAUGAUUUUUUGGAUAAUCUUGAAGCGAUUGAUUUCCUCACAGUCAGUUUAACAAAAAUAACCAUCCAGUCAAACAUUAUGUAUUAAUAAUUUCACUAUUAAGUGACUAGUCAAGAUUAUGUUUCAAUAAAAAUAUCACAAAGUACUGCUUUUGUCUCUGUUUCUAGCCAACCAGAUUUUUGUCUUUCUAUUUUUUUAUUUUUUUACAACAUACUGUCUUAAGCACAAUAUUCCUUAAGAGUCGAAAAUCCCGUCGAAGGAAGAUUAGAGGAUAUUAUACGAAGUGCGACAUUUAUAAAACUAAAUGAGAUCUACCAGUAACACUUCGAACGUUAAAAAAUAAACAUAUAAAAAUAUAUAUACACGAUUUCCCAAUCGGACGGAGUUCCGAUUUCGAAACCGCUUCGAACUCGAGAAAAGUAAAAAUACAAAAAAAAUAUUCAAAGUAAAAACCUUUUAAUCCGGCACUUCUCUGUAAGGAACUUCGGACGUGACGUUGAACCCUUCGAAGUAAUGCGUCAGAAACUCGAACGUCGGCCGUUUCUCCGGAUUCGCGUCCCAGCAAUUCAACAUUAUCUGAUAGAUCUCGUCGGGUACCUGGUGCGUCGUCGGCUUCGGCAUCCUGUAGCCCUUUUCGACGAGAUCCACCACCUCCCUGCCGGGCAUCGCCGGAUAAGGCACCUGCCCGUACGUGAACAGCUCCAUUAGAAGGAUGCCAUACGACCAAACGUCCGAUUUGAUCGAGAACUUGCCGUAGAUGAUCGCUUCGGGCGCCGUCCACUUCACCGGGAACCUCGAGCCCUGCUUCGGACAGUACUCGUUGUCUUCGAUCACCCUCGCUAAACCGAAAUCGCAGAUUUUCGCGAUGUUGUUCUCGCCUAUCAGCACGUUCCUCGCCGCUAAAUCCCUACAAAACAAUCCGUUAUAUUAAUACACCUCGACUUAUCGCGUUAUACAAACCUGUGUAUGAGUUGCUUAGAUUCCAAAUACUCCAUGCCGGAGGCCACUUGGAAAGCGAUGUAAAUCAAAUCUUCGAACACCAAAUGCUUGCCGUCGUCCUUGCGCAGGAAAUCGAGCAGGCUGCCUUUGCUCAUGUACUCCUGCACGAUGUAGAUCGGCUCCUGUUCGCUGCACACCCCGUACAAAGCGACCAGCUUCUUGUGGCGGAACUUCUUCAUGAUGGCCGCCUCCUCGAGGAAGGCGGCCGUCGACAUGGUGCCCUCGCGCAACGUUUUAACGGCCACUUCGAUGUUGUUCUUCCAUUUGCCGUAGUAGACUUCGCCGAAGUUGCCGCGGCCCAAUCGCCUGAUCAGGAUCAAUUCGUCCCUGUUGAUCUCCCAUUUGUCCCGGUAGGUGGGGCCCAGGUCCCACAUGGGCGGCUGCGGUUUCUUGCACGGCUUCGCCAACACGUGGCACAGACCGUAUGCAUU